AUGAGGGUCCCCAUCCUGGGGUCAGUGUUUGUCACGCUCAGCCCGGCCAGCCCAGGAGGAGCCACGGGGCGCGGGGCCUGGGGUCCCAGGCUUUGCCCCCCGCCGGGAAUGGCCCUGCUCCUACUGCUGCUGCUGCUGCUGCUGGUGCCUUGCGGGGCUCAGCCCCAGUCUGGCAGGAACCUUACAGAACCCCCAGAACCUAACGCCACAGUGACCCCUGGGACCCCCAUGAUCCCUGUAACCUCGGUGACCCCUGGGACCCCAGCCACGAGUGCUCCAGAGGCACAGGGACCCCAUGGUAGGGGGCUCACCCCCCCGCCCAGGACAGCUCCCUCCAGCAGCAGCCCUGGGGGCCCAGUGCUCACGGAGGACGGGCGGCCCUGCAGUUUUCCCUUUCGCUACGGCGGCCGCAUGCUCCACUCGUGCACUUCAGAGGGAAGCGCCCACAGGAAGUGGUGCGCCACCACCCACAACUAUGACCGCGACAGGGCCUGGGGCUACUGUGCACAGGUCUCGGUGCCCAGGGAGGACCCAGCCGCCCCAGACCCCUGCGCCUCCAGCCCGUGCCUCAACGGGGGCUUAUGCUCCAACGCCCAGGACCCCGAGUCUUACCACUGCACCUGCCCCAUGGCUUUCACAGGCAAGGACUGCAGCACAGAGAAAUGCUUCGACGAGACGCGCUACGAACACCUGGAGGUGGGCGACCGCUGGGCCCGAGUGAGCCAGGGCCAAGUGGAACAGUGUGAGUGUGCCGGGGGCCGGAUCCGCUGCGAGGGCACCCGCCACACAGCUUGCCUGAGCAGCCCGUGCCUGAACGGGGGCAGCUGCCACCUCAUAGUGGCCACUGGGACCACCGUAUGCUCCUGCCCCCCGGGCCACGCUGGGCGGCUCUGCAACAUUGUGCCCACCCAGCGCUGCUUCGUGGGGAACGGCACCGAGUAUCGAGGCGUGGCCAGCACGGCGGCCUCGGGCCUCAGCUGCCUGGCCUGGAACUCGGACCUGCUCUACCAGGAGCUGCACGUGGACUCGGUGGGCGCCGCGGCCCUGCUCGGCCUGGGCCCCCACGCCUACUGCAGGAACCCAGACAAAGACGAGAGGCCCUGGUGCUACGUGGUGAAGGACAGCGCACUCUCCUGGGAGUACUGCCGCCUGGUGGCCUGCGAAUCCCUCGCCAGAAUUCCGCCCCUGCCCCCUGCGGUCCUGCUGAGGCAGGCUGAGCCUGCCCCAGUGGGACGCCAGGCCUGUGGCAAGAGGCACAAGAAAAGAACCUUCCUCCGGCCACGCAUCAUCGGCGGCUCAUCUUCCCUGCCCGGCUCCCACCCCUGGCUGGCCGCCAUCUACAUCGGGAACAACUUCUGUGCAGGGAGUCUUGUCCACACCUGCUGGGUGGUGUCCGCGGCCCACUGCUUCUCCAACAGGUGA